GUCUCUCUCUCUCUCUCUCUCUCUCUCUCUCUCUCUCUAUCUCUCCAUUCAAACACAAAUUUCAGAAGGGUACCUGGAAAAUUCCUUCCUUUUGAUGGUGUUCGACCAUCGGAUUGCUUAAUCCCACCAACCCUUUUGUGGGCCACCAGUUUGUUCACUAGUUGUUGAUCACAAAUUAAACACACCAUGGAAGGCUCCUGCACUUGGGAUGGAACUCUCUCACUGGAUAACUUCCAUGCAUCUGCCAAAAUGCUUUCUGAAAGAUGGAAAGAGGUCAACUCUGGUCUCUCUCCAUGGACAUGGAUACCAUGUCAGAGGUUACCUUGGGGUGAUUCAAAAAAAGCAGAGGGGUAUUUGUCUCUUGAAAAUACACUCCUUCUGAAGUCUAAUGAGGAACAUCAAGCUGAAGGAAGUUACUUUGGGGAAGAAGAGCCUUUAGAUGACGCAACAUUGGUUCAAAGCUACAAUCAAGAAUCCCAUAUCUAUGAUUUCCAUAUAUUGUACAGCAAUUCUUAUCGGGUCCCUGUACUAUACUUUCGUGGAUAUCGAAGUGAUGGACAACCUUUGGCAUUGGAUGACAUUGAGAAAGACCUUCCUUCAUACUCCUCAAGUAUACUAAAGGAAUCAAAAUGGACGUUCAUGACUCAGGAGGACCAUCCCUACUUGAAGAGGCCAUGGUUCACAUUGCACCCAUGUGGAACUAGUGAUUGGAUGAAACUUCUAUUUCAUGGUCACGUGUUGCCAGCUAAGGAUGUUGUGGUCCACCAAUACUUGCUAUCGUGGCUAUCGGUUGUUGGUCAGGCGGUUGGCUUAAGGAUCCCCCUUGAAAUGAUAAAUAAGCACCUACAGCCAAACUUUCUGACUUAAGAAUCUACACAAAUCAUCAACAUGUUUAAAAGGAAAAGAAAAUGUGUGUGUAUGUAUAUAUAUAUAUAAAUGAAGACAAACCUUCAUUUUUUUCGUGCUCUUCACAAGUUAGUGUAAUUUGAUUGUGGUUAUCUCACCAGUUAACUUGUAUUAUUGGUGGAAAGACCAAACCUUCACUUGUUUUUCAAUGCUCUUCAUAAGUCACUGUAAUUUUAUUGUGGUUAUCUCACCAGUUAACUUGUAUUGUUGGUGGAAAUUGCAAUUACAAUGUUUUAGAAAAAUUAGGUUUCUUCA